AUGCAAAUGCUGUGGCUGUUCACACUAGUAACUUUCUUCGCAACAAGCCUCUUCGUCAAGGGCUCGGAAACUCCACUGGACGAGAAGGAAACUUUUGUGACGCUCAACAGUAUGUACACCAACGACCUGGUCUGGAGUGAUGAGUUGGCGGAAAAGGCACUGGACUGGCUCAAGUCACCAGAACAGCGAAAUAAAAUAAAAGCCGAUCUGAUUGUCGGAGGACGAGGCCUCGUCACUAAUGCGAAUGACAAGUUAGUGUGGCAAAAAAUACUCGACGUCUUAGAAAUUCAUUUUGAUGAAAAGGAAACAGAGCUCGAACGUCUUCCCCCAGGCACAUUAUACGGAUGCAACGGCUAUAUGAGUACAAGGAACACGAAGGACGAUUACGUGUCUGCCGUCUGCCUCUAUAGAUUGGAGAGAGUUAUGGUCAUCUCUUUCCCUCAAUAA